GUGGGCGGGUUCACCGGAAGUUAAGGGGAGUUUCCUGCGAGCUCGGCUUCCUCAACAUGGCAGCGCCCUUGUCAGUGAAGGUGGAGUUCAGAGGCGGUGUGGAACUCUUGUUUGAUGGCGUAAAGAAACAUCAAGUCACCUUGCCUGGACAGGAGGAGCCCUGGGACAUCCGGAACCUCCUGGUCUGGAUCAAGAAUAAUUUGCUGCAAGAGCGGACCGAGUUGUUCAUCCAGGGAGACACCGUGCGGCCAGGAAUUCUGGUGCUGAUUAAUGAUGCCGACUGGGAGCUGCUGGGUGAGCUGGACUACCAGCUUCAGGACCAGGACAGGAUCCUCUUCAUCUCCACGCUGCAUGGUGGCUGAGGGCCCCUCUCUGGGCCUGGGCAUUCGGAACAAUCAGACAUCUCCUUGGGCCCUGCUUCCACUUCCACUUCUCGUCUCCCGGCCCCCUUGGCUGCCUUCUUUCCUGCUGUAUCCCCGAAGCUCCCUCCAGGCAGGGAAAAGAGGCCAGGUGCUAAAAAUGAGCCUUUCUCCAGCACGUGAGAAGGCAGGAAGGCACCGAGCAGGCACUCCCUUUCCCAGCAGCGGAGCGGGGGAGGGCACCCUUCUGGUUGUCAGGAGUGGAAGGGGACUCUGCGGCCAGGUGACCCAACUGCCUUCCACCCCUUGUGGCUCGGUCUCAGCACCAAGUGACCGCUGACAAAGCACUCCAGCUCCUGGGCCACGGUGCCUUCAUGGGGAAGAUGAAUGGACCUGAAUGGCUGAUGGGAGGCCCCUCCCUUCUCAAAGGUUGGAGGUGUCUCCGCCUCAGUUUCCCCAUCUGGAUAGCUAAGGGCUCUGCCUGUCCCCCACUGAUAUCCUUAUGGAACCCCAGCUGGGGUCCCCUAUUCAGUGCUGACCACCCCCCCCAGCAGCUGCUCUUCCAGUCACACCCCUCCUCCUGCUCCCCCCAUCCCCAGCCCUUGACCCUGUCUGGCCUCCCCCACCACAAGCCACCAGAUGGGCUCCUGAGACCCUCCCCAGGCUGCUACAGCUCAUUCUGCUGGGAGUGGAGAGGGGGAGGGAGUAGGCUAAACCUUGGGCUGGCAGAUAGAGGCCUGGGGGGAUGAGCGUGCCUCAGUUUCCUCCUGCAAACAACUGCUGUAGUAUCUGAAAACUGAAGAGAUGCUGAAUGGCACAAAUGCAGGCUUCUCCCUUCCCACCCGCAGGAGGCAGGACAGGGGCAAGCAGUACCUGGUAGGCAGUGCCAGUCACUUUCAUUAGAUGUUUGCCCCUCCUCCCGCCAUCUCUUCUGGAAGUCUUGGGGCCUUAGUGCCUGCAACAGCUGGCCUUGGACAAAUAAAAGACUAGGUUGUUUACUGGC